AGCUGAGUCAACCAAACUUCACCAAAAGUCUCGAAAAGGGGAUUUCUUUAAAGGAAGCAUCUCAUCUCCCUGCAAAAACAAACAGGAAACAGCUACAAAAUACCCUUUUCUCUCUCUCUCUCUCUCUCUCAUCUGUUUUGAUUCUCUGCAAAAACAAAAAAUCUAUCUCCAAUCAAGCAAGUAAGGUGGAAGAAGAAAAUUGGAGGUUGGUGGUGAAGUUGGAAAGCUGAAACCUAUCGAUUUUUGAGUUAGAGAUCUGAGAGAAAAGGAGAUUCGCAGCAGAUCCAAGGAUUAUUGUUGCUGUUAGCUGAACAACCCGGAUUUAAUUCGGAUUUUGUGGAAGAUAAAGAUAUGUAUUUGUAGGGUUUUUAUGCCAGAAAAAGCUAAUAAGCUUCGUUAGUGAUCUGCACUAGGGUUUUGGAAUAUUUAUAAUGGGGAUUUGUUGGAGCAUCCAAAUUAAAGCCGAGAGCGCAUUUUCUACUGGUGACGACUCUAAGAUUGCAGAAAGAAAUGGGAAUAGUAAUUCAAGCAGCAAAGUUUCCUCUGGUUCUCAAUCACAUACACCUCGAAGUGAAGGUGAGAUCUUGCAGUCAUCCAACUUAAAAAGCUUCACUUUCAGUGAGCUUAAAAACGCCACAAGAAACUUUCGUCCAGACAGUGUAUUAGGAGAAGGUGGCUUUGGUUCUGUAUUCAAAGGAUGGGUAGAUGAACAUUCACUUGCAGCUUCAAAGCCAGGAACUGGCAUUGUAAUUGCUGUAAAGAGACUGAAUCAAGAAGGAUUUCAAGGACACAAGGAGUGGUUGGCAGAAAUCAACUAUCUUGGACAAUUACGCCAUCCUAAUCUUGUGAGAUUGAUUGGUUAUUGCUUAGAAGAUGAUCACAGGCUUCUUGCAUAUGAAUUUAUGCCAAAGGGUAGUAUGGAGAAUCAUUUAUUUAGGAGAGGUUCUUAUUUUCAACCUCUUUCUUGGCGUCUACGUAUGAAAGUUGCUCUUGGAGCUGCAAAAGGUCUUGCUUUUCUUCAUAAUGCUGAAACAAUGGUGAUAUAUCGAGAUUUCAAGACUUCAAAUAUUCUCCUUGAUUCGAACUUCAAUGCAAAAUUAUCAGAUUUUGGAUUAGCAAGAGAUGGACCAACUGGUGAUAAAAGUCAUGUUUCCACUAGAGUUAUGGGAACCUAUGGCUAUGCUGCUCCUGAAUAUUUAUCCACAGGUCAUUUAACUGCAAAGAGCGACGUAUACAGCUUUGGAGUAGUCCUUUUGGAAAUCUUAUCAGGGAAAAAAGCAAUAGACAAAAACAGACCAACGGGUGAACAUAAUUUAGUGGAAUGGGCAAAACCGUGUCUCACAAACAAAAGAAGAAUCUUCCGGGUCCUGGACCCACGUCUCGAGGGUCAAUACUCACUUGGGCGGGCCCUCAAGGUCGCCAGCCUGGCACUUCAAUGUCUUUCCAUGGAACCUAAAAUAAGACCAAAUAUGGAUGAAGUCGUCUCCACCCUACAAGACCUUCAAGACACUGACAAACGUGACCGUAGGGACCCACCCGUGCACCGCGGCGUGGCGGCUGGUGGCGGUGCCUCAUCAGCUAAAAAAGCAAGCUCUUGUAGACAAGAGGCGGGACCCGUGGUUGCUUAUCCUAGACCUUCCGCUUCUCUUCGUGUUUGAGGGGUAUAAUAGUCUUUUUACUUGGUCUUACUUGGUGUACAGUUUUUUUUUUUUUUUUUUUUUUUUUUGGUUUUUGUGUACUUUGUGAGUUUGCUGGAGGUUUUAAGAGUAUGUUGUGAAGAUGUUUAGAUUAUAUAAUUACUAGAAAUUAAAGAUUGAAUGAUUGUGAUGGUGAUGAUGAAAAGAAUUUAUGGUGUUACAUUA